AGCAGUCAGUGAAUGGGCACAACCCUCCCCUAUUAAAUGCAUCUUCUUUGAUAAAUAAUGAAGCUGUUCUUGCUUUUUCUUCACCCCAUCCCUCAUUCCAUUGCAGAAACGGGAGCUGGGUUCAUUGUUAAGAAGAGGAAGAGGAAAGAGUUAAAGUGAAGAACCAAAGAUGGAGAUGGUGAUGAGAUCUGAAUUUGUUCUCUUCUGUUUACUCCUUGCCCCAUAUCUCUUUGCCUCAUCAAUCUUCUCAGCUGCAGAUUCAGCAUCAGAUGCUCUGGCACAACAGUGCGCUAAUGAGCUUCUUACUAAGCUGUCUCCCUGUUUAGAUUACUCCACAGGAAAGGCAGAGUUACCUACAAAAGAAUGCUGCACUUCUGUUACUAGUAUGAGGGAUCAACACCCAGUUUGUCUGUGUUUCCUUAUUCAGCAGACCCACAAUGGUCGUCCAGAAGUCAAGCAACUAGGUCUGAAGGAGGAUAGGUUGCUUAAGAUCUCUGGUACAUGCAAGUUGACUAAUGCCAGCAUUAGCGAAUGCCCACGGCUUCUAAACUUACCUCGCGAUUCUCCAGACAAUGCCAUCUUCCUCAAUUCCACUUCAAAUUCUUCGUCUACUUCCUCCUUAUCAGAUACUUCCAAUACGACUUCUGCAACAACCAUGCCCUCGAUCGGAUUCAUGCACGGACCCCAACUUGCAGUUCCUUCUGCUAUUGCCUUGGUCAUUAUUGCCGUCUUCACUGGGUUGUUCCCAACAGGUUACGUUUCCUAACUGUGUCUGUGUGUAGUUCGUUCCAGGCAGGAGCUUGAGGCUGAAGGUGCACACUCCUGCCAUUCUGUGCUACAUUUUCUCUUCUUGGUAUUCAAAAUGAAGGCAGUAGAUUUAGUAAGGAAUAUGAUAGUUAGUCGCCAAAUAUGCUCUCUUUCUUGUYACGUUUAAUGAAUUUCUAUUCUCCUUUGGAUUGUUAAUGGAGAUAUCUAGCGAUAUGUUUGACAUUUAUCAGGACCCAUCUCUGGGCCAAGUCCA